AUGCCAGACGGCUUAUCGACCCUCAACUCCCUCACAUACCAACUUCGUCUUUCAAAAAUGUUUUCCAAAUCCUUGAUCCGCAUGGAUCACUUACGUCCACACUGGUUUACAGCCACCGCUACGCCUACACCCGAUCAACUCUCGAUUGCUACGAUUUUGACCAUGGAUGAGUGGCCACACUUGGUGCGUUUGGCCGAGAUAUGGCAAGGUAAAGAUGAAAUGAGGCACUUGUCAACAAUCCGCCGCGAAUACGAAACGCAAACCAUGCUGGCUCGACACGUCGAUCUGCAUCUCAUUGUUCGCCCGACCAAUGGCGAGGCUGUGGUGCAUGGCGGUUUCCAAGACAGCCGUAACUUGGCACGCUUAUUUAGUCGCACAGAUACCGUGGCCCAUGUGCCUGUCACCACUCUCUGGAUAACUGACCUUGCUACAACUGCCAAAACGUAUCGUGAUCGGUUAUUAGAUGGCGAUGUUCUUAUUGUCCCUACGUUUGGCUUCCCUAACAGCAAGAAUGCCAUCACAGACACUUGGCCAAUGACCAAGCCAGAAAUGGUCGAAUGGGCUGAUGAAAAGCGUAUCGGGUUAUUAGACUAUCAUUGGAAAUUGAGCGAUGGCCCUACGUCGUAUCAUAUUUGGCGUGAAGCUGAUGAACCUUAUCUUGUCCCUGAAUAUGAUUAUCACUAUACUCCAAUCUAUAUCGCUACUCGGGAUGACCACCCUUGGUGCGAAGAGCGUUUCGCUGAUGAGCCAUCGGCAUGUUUAUAUUCGAUCUACCUGAACGGAGCCAAUCUCUGGGUACUUCCCAAUGAUUAUGUCGUACGCACUGGCCGAGAGCCAGAGAAACAACUGUCACAGGAAGAGGGCCAGUUGCAAGUGCCCAUGUAUAAAAACUAUCGUAUCGAACAAUGUGUAUUCUAUGCACGCCAGUUCGAUCAAGCUGGCAUCUUUGAAACUGAUCGUGCAAAGCACGUUCAGCAGGAGUGCGCCAAGGCUCUGGGUAGCUUGCGCAAAGAAAAGAUUAUUGGCCCCAAUAGCAUCAACCAACAUUAG